CACAGCCUAGUACGGAUAUUCUCCAUGUCAGCAGUACAGGGAAGAUCUACAUGUUCCAGACGUAUGCACCCAUCUCCGGUAUAUCUCCUUCUACCGGAAGUCAGCGAGGAGGGACGAGGUUGACCUUGACCGGAAAACAUUUUGAUGAAACCACCACAAAGGCCAAGGUCAAGAUUGGAGACACAGAUUGCAACAUCGUCGAGCCAGUAACAGACACACAGAUUGUCUGCGUAACAGCCGCGGACCCCGGAGUCACUAAACCCCUACACCGAGGCAACAGGGGUCUCGCGUUCGAGAUUUGGAACGAGACUUACACUGACCUGGCAAGUAUCGGCAGCCUCAGUGACAAUGCCAGCGACUACGUCCGUGACCGGGUGGACGUCAGCGACUACACGGAGUCCAACAUGAACAACUACGUGACACGGAUGACCGGCUUCUUCGUGGCGCCCCGGACGUCGGAGUACAGGUUCUACGUCAUGGGCGACGACCAGGUGGAGCUGUACCUCAGCACCGACGAUGACCCCGCCAACAAGGUGAAGAUGUGCGAGGCUAGCGUUGAUAGUACCUACUUCAAGUCAGCGAGUCAAAAGUCAUCGAAGGUCAACCUCACUGAAGGACAAAGCUACUACAUGGAGGUGUUGCACCGGGAGGGCUCUUCUCGGUCGUUUGUCACGGUCGCUGCGCGCGCAUACUCCACCGACAUCACCAACACCAUGACCGGCAAAGCGUGGCAAGAGAAACAGAAGCUGGUGUUUUCAUCCACGGUUGUCAAGGAAGAGCUGACCGUGGUAUUGAGCACCCCCUCCGCCAAGUCAGCCACCAAAGAGGUUCAGACAGUGCUUGCUUCCGGAAACGCCAAUGCCCCGUUCAGACUCGGAGUGAUGGGGGUCUACACAGAGCCCCUGCUGGUGUCGACGACAGCUGCCCAGAUGCAGACAGCUCUGAACAAACUACCAGUUAUCGCCCCUGACACAGUCACAGUAACAGCAACGCCACAGGGCGCUGGCAACAGUUACAGCAUUACCUUCAACACCGACAGAGGCGACAUCUCUGACAUCACCUACCAACUGACCACCCCAAACAUCACCGAUCUGACCAUCACGGUGACAGAGGCUACCAAGGGAGCACCAACCCUCAGCUCCUUCAGCUUCGACAUGGACGGUAUUCCGUCACCAGCCUUGACAGCGACAGCGACAGCCAGCGAGGUGCGGUCAGCGUUGCUGAGUUUAUUCAGCUCUGGAUGUCCGAGUGACAUUGGUAAGCCCUCGGACAACAAGUUCUUCCAGGACUACGAGAGCGGAGUGUCGUCCAAGUUUGGUGAACGGAGAUCUGACAGGGAGCCCUUCUGUGGUCGCUUUUCCUCCAGAAACCCCAGGUACCUCUACGACAAGGGCGGGAGCGACGUCCUCGGCAUCUCGCUCUCACAGUACAACACGUUGUGCUUCGCCUACCGAGGAGUGGUCAAGUCGGUGGGGGUGAGGUUCACGUACGAGGACUCUGAGAGGGAGAAACACUCCACCACAGCAAGCUUCUCCAUCACAGCACCAGAUGACGCCAGUCAAUGGAGCUACCACUGCGAGAAUAUCUACGACGUCGCUAGAGCUCACCGUUCCUCCGGCUCCGAUCACAGGGUGGACCGCCUCACCAUCACACGACAAUCCUCAUCCCUUGACCUCUACGUGGACGUCGUCACCAUCGUCAGAAAACCGACAACGACGGAAACCGAUGGCGUCAACCUACGGCGACUGCCCCAGGCACGUCCUAACGGAGUGUUCAUCCGGGACGUUGAAGUGACCAGCUCCGAGGCUGGCCAGUACACGGUCAAGCUUGACCCCCACGCGUGUGGGAAUGAGUUCCCCCUGCUUGGGGUUGCGUAUGGCAAGCUGACUAGCGGGGACGUCUCCAACAGCAGCAGCAGCGCAGUCUUCUCCAUCUCCAACGGCGGCUCGAAACUCGGGGUCGAAAUUACGAGAGUCAACGCAGCAUCGCCACCUAUCGGUGGAGGUUUCUCUGUGUCGUACAAAGGGCAGACAACCGAAGGAAUGCCACCAACGGCUACUGCGGAGGAAGUGACGGACCAGCUUCAGGCGCUGAGCACCCUGGGUAAUAUGAAAGUUGAGAGGGAAGGAAGUUGCUCUAACUUUGAGUACAUUGUGACCUGGUUAGACCAAGGCGGUAACUUGGACGAAAUGACGCUGGACGCAAGCCUGAUGACUGGAAGUAGCGUGACGGCGUCUGUAGUUACUGUCACCGACGGUAGCUUGUGGUACGACCCCAUUGUCGGCGACAUGCUGAGGACAGGACACAGCAAGGCUCAGGUGCAGCUGUUUAUCAACGACAUCCCCAGCCACUGUGAGACUGACUGCAGCUAUGAGUGGACAUCUGGUACCACGCCCACCAUCACAUCCAUCACCCCCACAUCAGGAACCGAAGCUCAAAGCACAACUGCAACCAUCGCAGGAUCCGGCUUCGACACCAACAUAAACAACACCCGGGUCGUCAUUGCCGGUGUUGCGUGCACCGUCACUGCUGCAACCACGUCAUCAAUAACGUGCAACGUUGGCAAUGGGCCAACUGGUAAUCACAAUGUCAAGGUUAUUGUAGAGAGCAAAGGGGAGGCAACCGGGUCUGUUCAGUUUUCAUACGUAUCCGACAUCACCGCCAUAUCACCUAGCAACGGCAGCAUCGCAGGUGGCACGGCGUUGACGAUAACAGGAUAUGGCUUUACCAAUGACGGCUUGACCUACGUCGACGGCGUCCUCUGUCCCUCGACCAGCGUGACUCCCGGGCAGAUAGUAUGCCUCACCCCCAAAUCGUCCUCUACAUCAGGAGCCGCUGUGGCAAUCACCGUCAGUCAGAACAGCGCUAAUCUGACGUCACCAUCACAGUUCACGUAUGACGCGUCGGCGUCGGCCAUCAUCUCGUCUGUCUCCGUCACAUCAUCAUCAGUUGAAGGUGGCGCUCCCAUCACCAUCUCCGGCACAGGUUUCGGGGCAUCCGCCGACCCAGCUGAGCCCCUGACAAUUGGGGGCAAGGUCGUGAACAUUACCAGCUACUCGGACACCGAGAUUGUGGCCACCCUGCCCUCCAACGCCCCAGGGUCCUACCAAGUCCAGCUACAAAUAGGUGGUCAAGGAGUAGCUGACCUGAGAAUCAACAGCAUAGCUAACAUCGACUAUACCCUGAAAGUGACCAACAUCUCCCCCUCCCGGGGCUCUCUGUACGGCGGUACCCGAGUGACCAUCACUGGCGAGGGGUUCCUGGACAGCAACACGCUGGUCAGUUUCGGACCUCACGCCUGCGUCCCCGACGUCAUCAACAGCACCCAGAUCGUCUGCACCAUCCAGGAUACAGGGGUUGUCCAUGAGGUCAAAAACACGGGCACGCAUACACACUUCGGCUACGGAUACGCCUGGAACCCCAGCAGCGUUGAGGUGAACGUCGGGGACUCCGUCAAGUGGUCGUGGACCACGCCCAAGUGGGUAUCGGGUAUCGGGUACCGCAUAGCGGAGCUGAUGAACGCUAGUACAACGGUGGAGAAAACCAAUGGCGUCACUUCCGGCAGUGUCAAGGUUCCAAAUGGUCAGUACCAGUACAAGUUCGGCGCGGCAGGGAACUUUCAUUACUGGAGCGGCUACGCGGACGAGUUUGACACAAUCUCCUUCAAGGGCAAGGUCACUGUAGUACAAGCGCCGUCACACGCCAAGGUUCUCCGAGUGACGGUGGCCGGCCACGAGGCUGUGUAUCAACCAGGAGGUUCAGACCCCGCUUCCGAUGGCCCUUGUCCCGGAAUUGUAGACCCAAUGGACGGAUGCACGGAAUCGGAGCCGGCUGACGUCGACGUGUCCAAGUUCAAUUUUAAAUUCUGGCGCUGCAGUUCUCCCGUCGUCACCGACCUGAACCUGAGACAGGGGUCAUCAGUUGACGAGCUCAUAGUGCAGGGGUCAGGGUUCAGCUUUACCAGCUGCCAGAAUGAGGUCAAGAUCGGGGAUGCCGUGGGCGUCGUUCAAUCCAGCACCAACACGUCCGUUUCCUUUAAGAUUGACGCCACGAAUGCACCAAGUAUCGGGUCUCCCGGGGAGCUCUCCGUAAGGAUUGGGAACAGAGGGAAUGCGGCGAUAGCUCUCCCCGGCGAUCUGUCUAGGAGAUUCGUCCUUCUACCUGUCAUCGAGUCCAUGUCGCCUUCUUCAGGGUCGACAGGGGGCGGAACUCUUGUCACACUCUCGGGGUCAGGGUUCCAGGGAACGAAGUCCGACGUUUUCGUAAGUCUGCAGGGAUAUGAGUGUGUUGUAGAGAGUCUCAACUAUACGGACAUAGUAUGCGCCACGCCUUCAGGUCCCGCUGGAGAGGUGCCGGUGUCAGUGACGGUCCAAGUCGGCGGCAACGCGUUGCCUGUGUCUUGCAACACCAGCUGUAACUACAAUUACUCAACAGAUCUGUCCCCUACUGUCAGUGCCGUGUCUCCAGCAACUGUGAACACCUCAUCGACGUCUUUAACGAUCACUGGGACCAUGUUUGGGUCAUCUGCUUCCGACGUCACGGUAACCGUUGGGGGAGUGCCCUGCGUGGUCAGCGGAUCUGUGUCGGACACGUCCAUCAUGUGUGACGUUGGCGACGUCCCCGUUGGCACACACACAAUUGACGUCCGGUUAAAGGGAAAAGGGAAGGCUGUUACCUCAUCCACGGUUCAGAGUCUGGCUACUAUUUCAUCAUUUUCACCAUCAUCUGGUAGCGUCAAUGGCGAAGUGAUUUUAACGAUUACGGGGAAUGGGUUCGUCACAAAUUCGAUUGCAGUGACAGUUGAUGGCAACAGCUGCACCAUCGUUUCCGUCCACGAAACCAACAUCAGCUGCAUCGCUCCAUCCCACGCUGCGGGAUCUGUCGACGUGGUAGUUACGUCAGCGGGGACCACUUAUCCGUCCGAGACGUUCACGUACUCUUCAGCGGCAACGCCGACGGUGUCAUCCGUGACGCCAACAAACGGAAUCGGAGGCAACGCAGUCACGAUAGCAGGGACAGGAUACAGCUCCACCAACUCCGACAACGCCGUGACGGUUGGCGGGGUCACGUGCACUGUCACAGCUUCGUCUCCGACCUCCAUCACGUGUACGCUAGGCGACCAGCAAACGGGGGCCUAUCCAAUCAAAGUGGUCGUGUCAGGAAGUGGGGCUUCUGCGCAGACAGUGGAAGUGACGUAUGAGAUGGAUGCUACCGGGGUGUCCCCUUCAUCAGGUGGAAUCGCUGGGGGUCAGACGAUGACAGUGGCUGGGACGGGAUUCAUUGUGGGAGGGACGAACGUCACUGUAUGUGGGGUGGACUGUCUGCCAGCGCCCAACGCCUCCCAGACGGCCGUCCAGUUUGUGUGUCUCACGCCGUCGAAACUGAACGUGGUCGGUACCGAGAGCUGCGACGUAGUCGUCACCGUCAACGGCAUCAUCGACACAUUAUCCUCCGUGUACACGUACGACGCCAGCCUAACGUCAGAUGUUACCGGCGUUUCCCCUACACGAGGGGGCACGGGCGGCGGAACCAACAUCACGAUUACCGGAACGGGUUUCGGAAGCACCACAGGCGCAGUUACGGUGACGAUAGGUGGCGCUGACUGCUCUGUCUCCACGGUAACAACGACGGAAAUCACUUGCAUCUCCGGUGCAACAUCCUCCCAGAAGACCCAAGUAGUUGUGGAAAUCAACGGAAACGGAAUGGCGAAACAGACAAACGCAGACUUUGAGUACAUCGAUGUGUGGUCCUCCAAAUACACGUGGGGUGGACUUGACCCUCCGACCAAAGGAGACCUUGUCGUCGUCCCUAAAGGUCAAAUCCUUCUUCUGGACACUGACACGCCCAUCCUCAAGAUGCUGAUCAUACAAGGUGGUGAACUGAUAUUUGACGAAAAAGACAUAAACCUAAAUGCAGAGAACAUCCUCAUCACAGAUGGAGGAAAAUUGCAGGUCGGCACGGAAGCGGAACCGUUUCAGCACAAAGCAGUCAUCACGAUGCAUGGUAACUUCCGGUCACCGGAACUACCAAUAUAUGGCGCCAAGACACUGGCCGUCAGGGAGGGAAUUCUCGACCUUCACGGCAAAGUAACUCCCGUAACGUGGACACGUCUCGCGGUAACAGCAACAGCUGGAGACACCACCAUCGUCCUGCAACAUCCUGUAAACUGGGAGGUCGGCGACCAGAUCGUCAUAGCAACCACUGGAGGCCAUCACAGUCAGAAGGAAUCCGAAAUACGAUCCAUCGUCACCAUUGCCGCGGACAACGUCACCUUGACCUUAGAUUCAGCCUUGACCUACACCCAUAUUGGAAUCACCAGAACGUUCAGCGGUGUUGAUGUCGACUUCCGGGCGGAAGUUGGAUUGUUGACACACAACGUGGUUGUCAGGGGGUCACGUGAUAUACAGUGGGAUGAGAAGAUAGAGGCGUGUCCUGCAGGAUUCGAUACAGGGGAGUUCGCUACACAAACAUGUUUCCAGGGACGAUUUGGAGACGAGAUGGGAAGCGAUGAAUUCGGCUCCAGCAUCAUGAUCCACGCCCCGCGUAAAGACGAGGAUCUCGCCAAAGCGCGAAUCAGUCACAUCGAGGUGACCCAUGCCGGCCAGGCGUUCAGACUCGGUCGAUACCCGAUACACUUCCAUCUCAACGGCGACAUGUCGUCGUCGUAUGUCCGUGGCUGCUCCAUCCACCACACCUUCAACAGGGCCGUGAACGUGCACGGCACCCACAACACAUUCGUGGAACACAACGUCUUAUACGACGUCAAAGGGGGCGCCUUCUUCCUUGAAGAUGGAAUCGAGACUGGCAACUACUUCCGGUACAACCUGGGCGUGUUUGUACGAGCGAGUACGAGUCUUCUUAACGAUGACGUCACACCCGCAACCUUUUGGCUCACCAACCCAAAUAAUACUGUGUCCCAUAAUGCAGCAGCCGGCGGGAGCCAUUUUGGAUUCUGGUACCGAAUGCACAAGCACCCUGAAGGCCCUUCCUUCACAUCCAGCGUCUGCUGCCAGAAUGUUCCUCUCGGGGAAUUCAGAAACAACACAGCACAUUCUUUUGGUUGGUUCGGUCUGUGGAUCUUUGAGUUCUAUUUCCCCAAGGUUGAUGGCAGCUGUUCCUCAUCGGCGGCGGAUGUGGCAGCAAAGUUUGAAUCCUUCACUGCAUGGAACUGUGAAAAGGGCGCGGAAGCGGUUCAAAGUGGUUCGCUUCAGUUCAUUGACUUUAUUCUCGUCAACAACAAGCUGGCUGGUUAUGAAGGCAAGCUUCUAGGUCAUGUUCCUCAGUUCGAUGAGGCCAACGGCCCGAUGGUCAAAGGCGGGCUAAUCGUUGGCCACCAUCCCGACCUCGCAUCUGAACACGUCUGUACAAGAGGCGGAAUUGUUCUUCCUUACAAUAGUGGGUUAUUAAUAAGAAAUGUCAGUUUUAUAAACUUUGACAAAAGCGUCUGCUCCGCCUUUUCGUGGACAAGGAUCUCCGGAACAUGCUCGGAUCAAUGCGGUGGAUUCCUUUAUAAAUCCUCCGGACUUCAGUUUACAAGCUCGCCAAACAAAGCAUCAUAUGGAUGGGAACACGAGGGCGUGAUAGAAGACGAGGAUGGGACAUUAACAGGUACAGCAGGUGGCUCCAUAGUUCCCACGACCGGAAUCCUCCCGCCGACCAAGUGUACGGAAACAGCUGCCUUCAGUAUGGGUAUUGCUGGCAGUGUCUGUGACGAGACGGUGCGCUUCCAUAGGUUUGCCUUCAAAGACGUCAACCCCACCUCGCUGAAGGCGAAGAAUAUUUCCUUGACCAAUGCUCAUGGGACGAGCAUAGGGAAGUACCGAGAGAAGAGGAUCUCGCACAAACCUGGCUGGAUGGUUGUUCUACCUGAAGGCGAGGAUUAUUCCCUGACAUUUGUCAAUGCUGAACAUUUGACUAACAUCAGCUUCAACGGACAGUUCUAUGAUUUCGCUUCCGGACAAUACAUCACCAUGGCCCAGCAGGCCGAAAAACCCGACCGAUUCAAGGUGGGCGGGGCAACGAUCAACGAGACCGUGGGAGGAUUCAACACCGGGAGUGAUGUAACCGGCAGCUGGACAUAUGAUGAAGGCAAUGGCAAGAUUCAGUAUCUGGUUUCCGGUAACACUGGAUCAAGGAAGAAGCGUGCCAUCUCAUAUUCCACCGACAGGACCUUUCAUUUGCAGGCGUUCCGCUGUUACUAUAGAAACUGCCAGCCUCCCCCAGCGCCAGAGACCGUGCUGACGCGCCCCCCUCAUAUCACCCCCUGGUCCCUCAAUUCCUCCUGGGAGUUCCGGACAGGUGGCAAACCCAUCGACAACGACAACGUCACCAUAGACAGAGAUUACUGGAUCCUGGCUGACGAAGAGUUUCCUUUGAUUGACACUCUGAUAAUUCACGGAGGUCUGGAGUUUGAGAAUAAUGCCACGAAGACGUUCAACCUCCGGGCCAAGUACAUCAUCAUCUACGGCCGGUUGGUUGUCGGGUGGGCACACGACCCCUUCCCUGGGGUUGCCAACAUAAUUCUGUCUGGGUCACACUCCACUCCUGUCUUCCCUGUCAAUGAUGGGCCCACGCUGGGGUCAAAGGUCAUAGCUGUGUAUGGCGGACUAGAUAUGCACGGCCUUGACCCCGGAGUAACGUGGACAAGACUCGGAGUCACGGCCGCAGCGGGAGAUAACUCUAUCACGCUUUCCGAACCAGUGUCGUGGGCAGUGGAUUCGGAGAUUGUCAUCACGACGACUUCCUACAAGGCUUGGGACACUGAGACCUUCAAGAUAACAGCUGUGUCAGCAAAUAAUCUCACCCUCACACUGAAUGGAAGCUUGGCUCACUUACAUAUAGCCGUCAGUGAAACAGUACCUAACGGUCGCAGUUACAAUCUCGCCGCCAAGGUCGGCUUGCUGACCCGCAACAUCAAGAUCAUCGGCGAGGAUUAUGCUGAACUGUUUAGUCAGUCGUUCGGAGCCCGGUUGCUGGUUGCCAGGACAGCAGACUCCACCAUGUCGUACAGCGGAUUUGCAAAGAUUCAGAACGUUGAAUUUUUCCACACGGGCCAAGAAGGGUACACGAUGUCCUACGAUCCUCGCUUCUCCGUCGCCUUCGUGGACGUCAGCAACGUUGGAGAACGUUCCUCCUACGUCCGUCGCAAUGCCUUCCACAACUGCUUUUCCCGAGCUAUCGGCGCCUUUGGCAUCAGCGACCUUCUGAUAGAAGACAACGUUGUACACCACACUGUGGGACCAGGAAUUGUCUCAAACUCUGACAACAGUACCCUGAUCAGAAAUCUUGUGACACUGUCCAUCUGGCCCGGGGGGUACCAGGACAGGGUGGAACCCCUAAACGAGGAAUACGAAGGCGGCAUCGAGGCUAUCGCCGCAACUAACCUCGUUCUCAGAGACAACGUGGUUGCCGGAAGUGAGAGAAUGGGCUACCACACACCAGGCGAUGGGUGUACCGGAAACGCUCUGUGGAGUGGAAACGAGGCUCACUCUAACCUCAUGGGCGUGGGAAUCUUCCCAAAGGAGACUGGGGUCAGCGGAACCUGCAUCCGAUAUUCCAACGUCAUUGCAUGGAAGAACGUGGACUUCGGUUUUUAUUACAAUAACCCAGCCAGCUUCCUCGGCGAGAGCCUCGUGUCUGUGGAAAAUGGAGUCGGUGUCUUCCCCUUUGUCGUCGGACCGGGUUCAGUAGCUCAUCAGACUUCAGAUAAAUACGUCACCGUGAGAGAUUCCUUUUUUGUUGGCAAGACGUCAGCAUUCGACUGCACCAGCGACGUCGUGGAUCAGUCUGACGUCAACAUCCAACUGAGCAGCGUCAGUCGAAGCUGGGGCAAUGGCACCCAUGGCAAGGUUGGAAUCUCGUGGCCAAAUUUCAGUGCUGGCCCGAACAAUGCACCUGACAAACCUUUCAUUGGAGUUAUGGCUUAUCAAGCCAUCAGUGGCAUCAUGCAUCUCACCAAUGUGACCUUCGCCAAUUUUGGCACGUCAUGCACGUCCAGCCACGACUACGCCAUCACCACCAACCCCAACAACGACGACUGCAUCCACCCCAUCGAGUCCCAGUCGCUCGCCUUCCACAACGUGCAGCCUGGCAACAAGCUGUUCAUCCACAUCCCUAGGGUCGGUAAAAUCAACUCUGCUGAUUGUGUUGACAUGGACUGUGAUGGCCUUAAGAAGGCCUUCAUCAAGGACCUGGAUGGCUCCAUCCUCGGCACACCGGGGGCAGCGAUACCGUUGUCCGAGCAUUCGUGGAAUGGCGACCCCAGAAGAGGGUUGGGGGACUACCGGGUACCAAAGGUCAUGCAGACAGCCUUGGAUGGCACCAAGAUACCACUGGACUAUUUGGCUCCUUUUAAAGGUGUCUACAGGAACCCAAGCUGCGUGUACCACGACGACUGGCGGGCCUACGAGUGCCACGACCUGGACUAUGAGAUGCUUGUGAUUGAAAGCAUGGACCCUGACACCGAGACCCGGAGACUGUCGCCGGUGGCCAUACUGAGCGAGGGCUACCUUGACCUCAUCAACGGCCCCCAGGACCACGGCUGGUGCAGCGGCUACACGUGCAGGAAGAGGCUGUCCACCUUCCAGGCCAUCGUGGCAACCAAUAAAACCUUCGACAUCUACUUCACAAGCACCACGCCUCAGACAACCCGGUACCAUCUUCUGAACUCGAACUCCGACCAGAGCGUUAGAAUCGGCGUCUGGUUCGGCAGACCUAACCGUCUUGACGUCUACGUCGGCGGAAACACGUACGUCAUGCCCAAGAACGGCGAGACGAAAAAUGGGCGCUUCUCCUUAAGAACCGAUAUGACGCCAACCCAGUUUAUGCCCGAUCCGGCAACUGACGUCAUUGGCACCAACUACAUCGACAGAGAGGAGAAGAUGGUGUUCUUCGUCGUCACGGGAGCAGCGUUUGUUGAGAUCAGAACAGCCUCAGUUAUAAUCGUCUCCUACACCCUCCCCGCCAUGACGGUCGAUGAGUUCUUCGGGGAGAACCUUGUCAGCAAUCUUGCCGCCUUCCUCAACGUCGAUCCCAGGAAGAUCCGCAUUGUAGACGUCAUCAACGAGCAGUCUGUUGGAAGGAGGAAGAGGUCAGCAGCGGGCACCAAAGUCAAUGUGGAAAUAGGUGACGAACCUGGCGAUUCAUCGCCCCUGGCCUACUCCGAUAUCCAGCAACUCGAGACGUCAAUAUCCAAUGGCGUGGCUCUGGGUACGAUGAACGUGCUUCCGAACGGCACAGUGCCUCUGUCUGUGGGUCUGAUCACAUCCACCCCUCCUGUCGACAGUGCUGAGUGGCAGGACGUCAGUGUUGAUGAUGAACCGUAUGUUCUCAACAAGGCUGGGAGCAUGGCUGUCCACGAGACCCCUGUCCCUGGUAGAGAGCUGAAGGUGUUUGAUACGCCCAUUAGGCUUAGAGUAUAUGAUGACUCGGCCGAGCCUCUGAGUAUUGUUGGAUCAAACACUCAGCCCUGGCAGGUCACGGCGAACUUGACCUUGGGAGCUGGCAGCCAUUCCUCCGCUGUAUUACAAGGGGCAACAACUGUGUCCUUCAGUAACGGCUGGGCUAAUUUCACAGAUCUCGCCAUUUCUCAUCCUGGGUCGGAUUACUCUAUCACCUUCACAGUUGUCUCCCCUGUUGAGGCGGGCAACUUUACGACAACCGUGUCUUCAUUAACAGUUCUAGCGCGACGCAUGACGGCAGAAAUGGUGUCCACGACCACGGAUCCGCUAGAGGGCGAACUCAUCUCGCUCACGCUGGAGCUACGAGACAAGGACACAGGUUCUGCCUUGUCCGACAUUGCAUGGAGGGGCCACACCUGGAAUGUCACGGUCUCUCUGGCCAGCGGUUCCAUCCUGAACGGCACCCUGGACGGCGUAUUCAACCCCUUGACCGGUAGAGUGGACUACACUGACCUCUCCAUCCCUGAGAUCGGACGCUACUACCUGUCCUUCAACGUGUGGUCAACACCGUCCGAGUACAACUUCACCGUGGAGACGUACGUCGACGUGACGACGGCUUCACUUCAGAAUCUCGUCGUCGAGAAGUCCAGCGCUUGUCAGUUCAAGUUUGACGUCACGUAUGACGCAGCUCAGUCGCCUAAGGAUGCCGCGGUGUUUGCCAACGCUUGGGCUAUCAAGAACAAGAACAACGGGGUCAGAGUGACGGGCGUCAGCGCAUCCCCAGGUAGCGUCAUAGUAACCUUGACCUUUGAGGGUAGGAGCAGCAACGUGACGGGCAUGAUCUCUGACCUGUGUGUCGAGGUCGAGUUGAGGUCCACCGAAUACACCUUCGGAGGUCAGAGUGUCGCCAUGUCACCCUACAUGAUGGUGGACGGCCUGUCGUACUACGGAAACUGCGGCGCCAAGAAGACGUCCAACGGUCUACAUCCGGCUGCUCUGGCCGCCAUCAUUAUCCUCAGCAUCACUGUAGUCGUCCUCGUCGUGAUAUUCGUGGUUUGGAAGGUCAAGGUCUUACCAAAAACAAAGACGUCAUUCACCACGCAGCACAUGAAGUACCUGGGUCACGUGAACACGCCCUGGCAGGCUGAAGACUUCCUCUUCCGGGACCCCAGCCAUCUGGGCCUCAAGAGAGAAGUGACCUACCCCACCGCCCCAGCCGACACCCUCUCGACCAGCACCAUGAGCCCCACCAACAAGUUCGACAUGUACAUCGACAGUCCGAUAUCACGUUCCAGUAGCUCAAUGCCCCUUGCUGCCGACUAAACCCACACCCCCAACUUGGCGAAAAGGAUUUCCUUAAGGAAAUCGAAACGGACAUAAUGUAUGUGUGAGUGAGUGAGUAUGGUUUUACGCCGCUUUUAGCAAUAUUCCAGCAAUAUCACGGCGGGGGAUACCAGAAAUGGGCUUCACACAUUGAACCCAUCUCGGGAAUCGAACCCGGGUCUCCGGCGUGAUGAGCGAACGCUUUUACCAUUAGGCUGGACCCGACCGCCCCCAAUAAUGUAUGUGUACGUGAUCUAAGACACGUUCCCAGAUCCCAAUGCCAUCCAGCGAGAUCAACUCUGUAAGAUAUCCAAAUAUGGUCAGACCGACAUCGCUCUCUUUGAUCUCAAUGGACCUUCAAACAGCAUAACUGUACAGCCUUCUAACUUGGACCAAUCGGUUCCUUAUUGAGUUCGACAUGUACAUAACGAUACCACGCUUCAAGAUGUCCAUGCACAGGCCAGCUGAAUAAACUUUUACGUCGUCACCAAGGAGGGAAGAUGACUUUUGAAGAGGUUUUGAUGUACCUAUGUUAUUUGCAGUGCAAUGUAUUUCCCUUCAACAGUACAAAGUGUGUAAUCUCACAUUAUAGAUAUGUAUGUUAACCCUAAGAAUUGCACUUGUACAUAGAUCGAACUAUUAACCCUACAUGAUCCAAAUAUAUAUAUAUUAUGUAUAUAGAUUUUAUCGGUUGUUACUCCCCCAUGUUUGGCAUAUAUGAGCGGCACACCUGUCGCUAAAACAUCGUGGGCCCUUCUUGUCGUAAGCGGCGAUUAGAAGAUCGCGUGUCAGGCUCAGUGACUUGGUUCGUCAUCGUAGCCUUAUGAUGCAGGACGGUGAUAACAUCAAUCACUGGUUUUUGGUGAUCCAGCUGAUGUGCAGACAGUCGUGAUGUACCUGAACUAUAUGUUACUUUGACAUAUACCAGUUUAUAGUACCUAUGUCCUCAAAGCCUUUUCCUUAAACAUGAAAACAACUGUUAUGGCCAACGCUAUAUAACAUCCACGAUGUUGUCACAAACCGAUGCAUGGAUCCAACAUCUACUAUCUACUAUCUACUAUCUACUAUCUACUAAAAUGUAAAAUUGUAGCUAACUCUGAUACUCAAUGUACUUAUUGUAAUUCAGCGUAGAAGUUUGUUGGUUGGUUGUUUAACGCCACACUCAGCAAUAUUCCAGCUAUAUGAUGGCGGUCUGUAAAUAAUCGAUUCUGGACCAGACUAUCCAGUGAUUGAUAUCAUGAGCAUAGAUCCAAGCAAUUGGGACACGAUGACAUGCAUCAACCAAGUCAGUGAGUCUGAUCACCCGAUCCCGUUAGUCGCCUUUUACGGCACCAAUGGGUUGCUGAAGACCUAUUCUACCCCGGAGCUUCGCGUAGAUGUAGAUGAGUAUCAUAUUUUGUCUAUGAUAAAGUACCCUGGUAUUGGAAUAAGGUAUUUACCUCAACACAGCUUUACCAACACCCCUCCCAUGGUAUUUUGCUGGACACUAGAAAUGUACAUCUCCUUAAUCUGUCGCUCUGUUUGUAAGACAUGUUUUUUUAAUUACGAACUCUCAUGUGAUUAUUUAUAUUGUCAGGUAAAACUUAAGGCCAUAUCACUUAAAAGACUUACCACUGAUAUCUGUCAUCCACAAGAUGAAGAUUCUGACUCACAUACCCGUCCAUAUCCGUUGCCAGCUGAAUAUAUGAUGUAGAUUGGCCAGGAAAUGAAUGCUGGACUUGCAGUGUGUUUAAGUGCUUGUAUUCUACGAUACCAAGAUAAAGUAUGUAUGUAUAUAUGAAUUAUUUUUCUAAGACAACCAACACUGUGGUUUUGCUUUGAUUUGAUUACAUUUUCACGUUUUUAACUGUUUUAUACUUUUUAUACCCGAGAAGACCGUAUGAUACAUGUGUCUAUAUUACAUGUACAAUGAAACCCCGUAAUCAGGACCUCGCAAGUACGGAAACCUCACCAGGCGGACAUUCACUUUGAGAAUGUCUGUGUACAAAGUAAUGAUCAUGACAACGUUACUACGACUAGGAAGGAAAAAAAUGAUUCUCGGGCCAAUGUUCUCAUAAAAGAAUUCUCUUAUUUUUUAUUGACAACAGAAACUAUGUUGGAGGAUCACCUCUAGUAUCCACUAAGAAUGCCAAUGAGUUUUUGUUUGUUUGUUGUUUUUAACUCCGCACUCAGCAAUAUUCCAGCCCUAUGACGGCGGUCUGUAAAAAAUCGAGUCGGGACCAGACAAUCCAGUGAUUGCAUCAUGAACAUCGAUCCACGCAAUUGGGAUACGAUGACAUGCAUCAUCCAACUCAGCGAGCCUGACCACCCGAUCCCGUUACUCGACUCUUAACACACUGGGUACACACUGACCUCGAUCUUACAAGUCGGUUGUCAAGUAUUUUAUUUUAUGCAUAACAGAAUAUACUGAUGCGGAAAUUUGAAAUUCUUUUUUUUUAUUGC